GUCAACUGACGUUCUGGAGGCAUCCGCACAUCGGAAACAUAAAUUUGACCCUUCAUUACAGGCAAGAAAGGCCGAUUUUUCAGUAUAUAUGCCUAUUAGAGACUGUGAUUUUGUGAAAUUAGGCAAUGAAAUGAAGGAUAUAUUGGAUAAAUGUAUUAAUAAUGGAGUUGAUAAUAAAAAUUUGAUUAUUUGUGGUUUUCAAUGUCGGCUAUUUGUCAUGGAUUUAAAAUACGAAGCAAUAUACCGGAUGAUCCUUUUGGGAAAAUUUUAUCUUCCUCGGGAUAAUUCGGAUUUUAGCGUCCUUCCCACUUCAAUCGAACGCCUUAUGCAAAUAAAA